CUGAAGAAGAAGGAAGCAGUGCGAGCGAGGGUGUUCCCCGUGGAGGUUUAUUAUUUACAAACAACUGGGCUCUCAGGCUUUUGCACUGUGGUGGUAGGCAACCUCUUAUAGCCUACCCCAAUACCCCGGAAACCUACCGCUCACCGCAAAAACCCUUGCUUCGACGAAAUAAAUGCCCUGCAUAGGUUUGAGAGAAAUAAAACACGCGAAAAACAAGGAUCAUAAUCCGCGGCUUGACGCUGACAAAGGCGCACUCGCGAUCAGGGACGGAGCUCAUCACACGCACGCAGCCGUCGUGUCGCCCUCCUCGCCUUCUCAAUGCAUACCCUUUGUGCCAGAGGAACGAUGAAGCCGGAGAUCACCGCCGCCGUCGGGUUUCUGUCCAGGUUUCUGCGGAUUAAAGGACAAUGUAACGACAGGCAGCUCCAAACCUUCAGCCAAACCCUACAGGAUAUUUUAGCAGAGCAAUACAAGCACCACUGGUUCCCCGACAGGCCCAACAAGGGCUCCGGCUACCGCUGCAUCCGCAUCAACCACAAGAUGGACCCCCUGGUGGGCCAGGCGGCGCAGCGCAUCGGCCUGACCAUCCAGCAGCUGUACGUGCUGCUGCCCAGCGAGCUGACCCUGUGGGUCGACCCGUUCGAGGUCUCCUACCGCAUCGGCGAGGACGGCUCCAUCUGCGUCCUGUACGAGUCCCAGCCCGCCGUGACCACCAGCUCCGGUUCCGGAACAAGCACUAGCAACAGCGUUAGCAGCGUUAGCACCAGCAGCAGCAACACCAACAGCACCAGCAGCAACAACAACAACAACGUCGUCAACGUCAGCAAUGUCAACAAUGCCGUCACCAUGGCGACCGUCCACCACCACCACCACCACCAUGGCCACCACCAUGGCCACGCCCCCGCCAUGACCUCACUGGUGGACAGUCACAUCAGCUGCAAGGAGGAGCUGUUGCUGGUUGGACGGAGCAGCCCUCCCAAAGGUUACAGCAUGAUGACAGUGUCCAGCUAAAUAGCUGGAGCUAUGGACUGGGGGGUAUAACAAGAAUUUGACUCAGUAGUGAACCAAGCCGUGUAGUUAACCUACCGUGAGGUAGUGGGGUAAAUCAUCUAAUAGAAGAGGCCUGGAGUGCUCGUUUUUUUCUCAACUAAACGACGCCUGUGGUGGGCUAUCUAUGCUAUUAGCAGGUUUACUACUUCCUGUAGGUUAGCUUUGCUAGGUUUAUCACUUAAAGGUGGAGUUGCGGGUAUGACAUCACGUUUGGGGAACUGCCCCAGGAUUCUAAGGUUCUACAUAGACUCCUAUGAGCCUGCGGAACCCCCAACGUGAUGUCAUAAUGGUACAUUUUCUUUAAAUGGUUAACCUGCAACCCCACCUUUAACCGUGUUCUUGGGAUACCCCUCAGAAGGCGGACCAGCAACACCAAUACCGCGACCCAAGACCCCCAAGGACCCAAGACCCGAGACCCGACAACCCCAAUUCAGCCGGGACUAGGCCAGGGUUUUCAGCCGGGUCCGAAACCAUGCAGAGGUCCGAUCAGGUCGGGUCAGGGUCUUUGGUCAAGCUUUGGGUCUCGGUUGGUUGUUGUGGCCGCCGUUGUUGGGGUUUUGCUAAAAUAACGAGAGAAAAAAACGCAGAAGAAAAAAAAUGAAAUAAGGAAUAAUAUGAAAAAAAAACUGAAAAAAAAACGAAAAGAAAAAGGAUAAGAAAAAAAACAGAGGAUGUGGCCUAUCGUUCAGGUGAUGGAAACCAUGGAAACCAGGCAGGUUUCUUACGUAACGACUAUUCACUUGUCUCUCUCACGUUCACGUUGUUGGAUAUCCACCGUUAGCUGUUUCCCUCAAUGUCGAGGGGACAGUGAGGGUGAUGAUGAGGAUGAUGAUGGUGAUGGUGGUGAUGAUGUUCUAGUGAUACACUUUGGGGCAGCUAAACAUACCAGUGGAGUAUCAAGUAUCUCUGCCCCUCCCUGGGAACAGGCCAAGCCAAGAAAACGGCAGGGCUUUUACUAUUUUUUUAUUUUUGUUUUUAUUUUAUUUUCCUAAAAAAACAACAAAGAUGUUCCUUAUCAAUGUUGAAUUUGCACUUUUAUUUUUGUAGAUACAAAAAAGAAUGGUCUUUCUUUCUUUUUUCCAUUACUGCCACCACCAUCACUGCAAAACUGAAACCUCUCUUGUGUGAAGAGCUACUGUUUGUGGAUGCUAUGCUAGCUAGCUACCGUCUUGAUGUACUGUUUGGAUGCUACGCUAACUAGCUAUCGUCUUGAUGUACUGUGCGGAUGCCAUGCUAACUAGCUAUCGUUUUGAUGCAUCUCAGAAAGGAGAGACACAGGUUUAUGUGGAAGGAGUAGAAAUGUUUUGUUAAUAUAAUUUCUCUCUUUUCACGGUUGUUGUUUUUCUUUUUUUUUUCUUUUUUUUUGUAAACACACCAUGGGGUGUCUGAAGUCCAGUCUGCCUGAGUCUGGGUCUAACCAAGCCCUCUUUUCCGUGCCCAUUUCAAAACCUCUUAAAAGACAACUACUCUCUGUUGGACCACAGGGCAAUAUUUGUUAUUUUUUUGGGUUUGUUUAUUUUUCUUUGUUUGUUUGUUUAUUUUUGAAUUUUUCAACUGAGUACUGGUUGGACAUCAGCUCUUUCCCACUGGACUUCCGAUGCCCCUAAAUGCACAGAAACUGCAGAAAAGCCCUUUUGGCCAAAUUCUAACGGUGCCGUUUUUUAUACAAACACUGCGGGAGGGGAGAAAGCGUUGGCGAUGUACACCUGUUACCAUGGAUACCGUUGCUGUGUGUCACCAACUGCAGCUCCCCCUCGCAGGCGUUGUUUUUUUUUGUUUUAUUUGUUUUCUUUUGUUUUUUCUUUCUUUUCAUUUUAUUUUAUUUUGUUUUUGUUUUUUUUCUUGAUUCUGUCUCCAGGGAGGAGCAGUUGCACACGCUCCCUUCUCGCUCAAUGAAUGUCAUGUUGAGGGAAAAAAAAAAACGAACUUACAAUCAACUUUAUUUCAAAUACCCCCAUCCUUCCCCCCCUCCCCCCAUACCAGCCCAUUACCCCAUCACACUUCACCCAAAUUACCCUCCUACCCCUCCAGGAGUUAAAUGCAUUAGAAGAAGUACUCUUACAAAUGUCAUUACAACACUAGUGGUAUGACAUUCCAUGGGUUCAGCUUUGUAAUAUCAUACUACUACUAGUGUUGUAAUUACAUGUAAUAGCACGUAUACUUCUGCUGUAUACAACUCUAAGCCCUCUUCCCCCAUAUACCCUUCCCCACUACUGCCUGCCUCACCCAAAGUCGAUGAUAAACACCAAAUGUGUUGUAAAGUAUGUAGCAUAGCAACCUCUGCCGUUGACGGUAGAGAGCGGAACGGAGCGGAGGCGGAGGCCGGUUAUGACGUGCGGUCGUAGAUGUUGAUGUUCCAUUACGCCACCCCUCCCAACCCCCCAUUACCCGGCCAAAACCUCCCCACUCCCUUCGACCGACGACAUCCCCCCCCCCCCCCCUCCUCGCAGAGAAACGAUUUAACACAUUAUUGAAUGCACUUUUUGACAGUAGAGGUCACGUGGGAUGUAACUCGUCGAUGUCUGCGCAACCCCCCUCCCCCUCCCCGUCCCUUAAAGGUGGGGUUGCAGGUAUGACAUCACGUUGGGGGAACUCCCCCAGGAUUCUAAGGUUCUACAUAGACUCCUAUGAGCCUGCGGAACACCCAACGUGAUGUCAUAAUAGUACAUUUUCUUAAAAUGGUUAACCUGCAACCCCACCUUUAAACCCUAAUCCCAACCCCUAAUUCCGAGCCCUGCUGCAUUCCGGAAUCCCGUGGUUACACCUCCGAGGCUCCUUAGGUAGCGUUCGGUUCCGAGUUCUUGUUUUUCGGUUUUUCGGUGCGUUCUCUCGCUCUCGAUGCUCAGACCAACUCUCUCUCUACAGAGGGGCACUUUAUUAGACGCUGUACUUUCAGGUUAGAGACACAG